UCAAACUAUUGUGUGGUCGAAAAUUAUCGCGUCGUCAGUUGUCAUCCUUGUGUCUUUCUGGAACGUUUGAUUUUCUGCUGUUUCCUGUUCAAGUGUAACAAAGAUUGUUUGGAAUUGUCAAAGAUGGUAAAAGAAAUUCAGCGCAUCCAAGUUAAAGCAUCCAAGCUUUUUGUUCCUUUAAAAAAUACUAGAAGGGAUUCUUCCUCAUCGGAAUUGAGCUCAACUGAAUCUUUUACAUCCUCCUCGUCAGAAUUAAGUUCAUUUACAUCUAUUACCUCUUGCAGUUGCUUAACUAGCAGUACAGAUGAAUGCGAUUACUUAGUGUAUAUAAACAAGAAAGAACAAAAAAAUGGCAGAAAUCUCACAAAUGAGAAUAAAAAAAAAUUAUCGAAAAGAAGAAAUCCGUCCAAAAUGUCUACAACAACUUUGAAAAAGCUUGGAAGCAAGAAAAAUUCAAAGGAGAAAACACAUGAAGUACCAAAAAAAAACAAAAAAAUUUUAGAAAAUUCUUGCUUAUCUGAUUCUUCCAAUAAUUGCGAUUGCAAUUCUUGUUACACGCACUGUGACUGCAAACAUUACAAUGGUAAAAACAAACAGGAAAAUUUAAAAAAUAAAAAUAAACGUAAAAAGAUAAUGUCCUCGAAAAGUAGAGGACAAUUUACGAAAGUUGCGACAACUUCUGAAUCACUUAAAAAUAGAAAAAUUUCGAAGAAAGACGCAAUAAAAUCUUCUGAAAAAAAGAAGACUAGCUUAUUCGAUUCCUAUGGUUGUAACUGUAAUUCACGUAAUACGAAAUGUGCAAAAGGAUCCUCGAGAAGUUUGAGAGAUUGGAAAAAGUCUGUGAGAAAUGCGAAAUCACUCAAUAGUAAGAAAGUUUCAAGGAAGACAGAAUCUUUUGAAAGACAUUCGUCGUCAUUCUCAAGCGAGGAUACUGAAUAUGAAUUUUUCAGCAGUGAUGAAGAUUCCCGUGAUCAUUGUUGCGGAAAUAUUCGUGAAUCGCGUCGUAAAAUAAAAUAUUAACUACGGAAAUUAAUCGAUAAAAAAAUACUAUUAUUCAAAUGUAUAAUUCA